GGCGUGAACCUGCUGUUUGACACUUCAAGCUGGGACAAGCAGGCAGCAGCUGGCUGGCCAGCCCCAAAACAGCAGCCUUACAGGGGGACCCUGCUGGGAGCACUUCGAACCCUGCCAAGAUUUUCACCUGGGUGCCUGAGCACUCAUGGCUAUCGCUUAUAGCACCAUCACCCAGCUGGGCCUGUUUUCCCAGUAUCCUCCUCCGCUGCUGCCCAAACCUGGAAAGGACAAUGUUCGUCUUCAAAAGCUCCUCAAGAGGACCGCCAAGAAAAAGUCUUCUGCUCAGGUAUCGCAGUCUGCGACAACUUUCCGCUCAAGCCUUUCCCCUGUGGAUGAAGCAAGCCCUGACCAAGAGCACAGUGACCACUCCUCCUCGCCAAGAACACCAGAGAUAAUGCCCAGCCUCUACGGUAUCCAGAACCCACCACGUUUCACUGUUAGACCACUGUAUCAACAUGUGGCGUCUCCGUACCCACAUCAAGCAAGAACAACCAGGAUAUUUCCUCAGAUUGUGACCACUCCAUCACAACAUGCCCCCACAGCUUCAUCAUAUUCUGCACUGAUCCAGGUUUCUGGAGUUUUAACUUCUACAGAACAGGUUGCCCAGCCCACAACAGCCAGAAUGUCCCAACCAUAUUCCUCUGUGCCUGAGGUGACUAUAAUAGUGACCGACUUUAACAAGCCUGAAUUUAGUACAUUUACACAAAGUCACACUGGUUUGAGCUCUGCCACAACUGUAGCAACUCUACCUUCCAAAUCCCAAGUUCCAGGUCCAACUCCAUAUUCAAUGCCAGCAGGUCAAAAUGUGCUUAGACCUCUCACUGUGUUGACCCCGCUUAUCAAAUCUAAAAGUCCACGGCCAACAUUUAAAGCAACUGAACACUCAAAAUCUCCAAAACCAAUGUUUGAUGUCCCUCAAAUAAGGAUGUAUACAGCAAGCACAUCAUAUUAUGAGACAUCCAGGACACCCCCAGUUCAUGGCACAGCUGGGUUAACUUCUAUUGGCAGCACCGUACCUGAAAGUACAAUAUUAGCAGAAACAAAUCAAGAUAUGCCUCCAGCAUCUGAGAUUCAAAGAGGUAAGAGACAAAUUAAUCCCCCCUCAUUAGGCACUGAUCUUGGAAGAACAACACCAAUUUCAGAAAUUAAAAGAACAACUCCAACAUCUGAAAUCAAAGGAAAAUCGCCAACGCCAGUGUGCCUUACAACUCAAGCAACGUCUGCCUUUGAAAAUUCAAGGUAUAAUUGUCCGUUGCUUGCUGUGUCACCUAUUAGCAUACAUCCUGAAAAGUCAAGCUCACUCCAGACAGUUUCUACAAUGAGUAGUUCUUCUGCUUCCCAAAGUGUGAAGACUACAGUGCUUUCUGAAAACUUGUUGAAUGGGGAUAUCCAUUCUGACAUAAAACCUGCAGUUAAACCAGUAGAACAAAGCCUUAAAAAGUCAAAGUCAGAGCCUGACCUGAAAAGAGAAACAAGCCUGACAAGUGUAGGUUCUCAAAGAGCUGAAACUCCUACACUCAUGCCAUCAGCACAAGCUGUGGCUGGCUACCAAAGGCCAAAGACUCCAACGUAUGAAGCCUUCCGACUUAUGACCAGAUCACCUGGCUACAAAAAACCAAAGACACCACCAUAUGGAGUUUCAGCUUCUGGUGCUUCAAAAGUAGCCAUUCAAAGACCUAAAACCCCAGUUACUCAACUGUCACAGACUAUCGGUAAAGAACCUACACCAGCUGAACAUGCUGUCUUAACAGCGUCUGGUAUUUCAGUUUCAGUAACAUCCACAAAAGAUGAGGUUAAAGCUGACAAAGAGUUAACAGGAGAGAGUGCUCAAGAAUCAAGAGUGAAGCAGCAACCUUCAACCAAAACCUUUAAGGAAAAAGACAGCUCUAAUAAUAAAAACGAACCCCAUCAGGGAUAUGAAACCCUUGCUGCCACUGAAUCAAUCCCAGUCACUGCUUUGUCACAACCAUCUGACUCAUCAAUGCUAAAGCAAGAGGCAGCCACAUUUACUGGUCUGGUUGCAGCCAAACAGGAUACUGCAAUGAUUCAAGGGAUACCAAAAAAACCAACAUCAGUCAGUAGAUUUUCAGAGAAACAUAAUAAGGAAACUUUAAAUCAAGAAGUAAGACCAAUAACUGAAACUCUUGAGCCUAAAUGUUCUCCCCUACAAGGUGGUGACCAAGGUCCACUUAAAGCAAUAAAAAUGCUUUUAGCCAGAGAUAAAGAUGAAAAAAGAGCUGUAACUGAGAUGAAAGUUGAUGUUUCAGUCGAUAAAAAAGUUGUGCCACCUUCUUCUGAUGCAAAGAUCAAACCUAAAGUCUCCGAGUCCGAUUCCAGAGCACCUGCUCUGGUUGUUAACACCCCUGCAACAGAAUCAAAUGAAGACAAAGAAAAACAGAGGAACACGGAAACAACUUCAGAAACUGAGAAAAAGGUGUCCGAUGAAGUAUUUCCAGCAGCAAAGUCCUUACUUAAAAGGCCUAAGGAUCUGAAAUCUAAAAUGACCGGAUGGUCGCGACUGAAGAAGCACAUGGUGGUGGAACAGGAAGAGCCCAAAUUUCCAGAAAUAGGCUCUCAGAAAGAAGCCAGUGGGCAGGACCAGAGUGAGGUAAGACUAGAAGACAAGCCUGGCGAGAAGUCGAGCACACAGAAUGAGAAAGAAACCGAAAGCGCACCCAAGGCAACAAAGAUGUGGGAUGCUGUCCUCUUCCAAAUGUUCUCCUCUAAAGAAAACAUCAUGCACCAGAUCGAGUUGAACAAAAGUGAAGAGGAAAGAAAAGAGGACAAGAAGAGUGAGUCGACGGAGAUUCCUUCUUUUGCAUACAGGCUGCCGGUUCUGCUUUUUAGUCCCAAGUUUGAUGCUAAGAAGCUCAAGGAAGCAGCAUCAAGACCAGUCACAAAGAUUUCUACAGUGUUUGAAAUGGGUCUGAUUGGGCGAAAAGGUGUCGAUGAAGAACCAAAAGACUUUAAUAGGACAGCCAGAGGGUUUACGGUUACUUAGCCCGUGGCUGAUGUGAAGCGCUUAGAGUUUAUGAGAACCAGAACACAGGUCCUAUAUGUUGUGCUUACGACACAUACAGCAGCAGAAAUAAUGUACAGGUCUAGUCUUAGUCUAUAUGUACACAAAUAGUUUUUUUGGCUCGUUGAAGAAAAUUUUACUGCAGCUCUAUACUUGACAAAUACUUCAUGUGGCACUGACUGUAAGGUAAUUAAUUAGCUGUUCGUGUUUGUUAAUUUGUUUGAAAACGUAAGAUCGGAUAAAAAUGUUUAUGUUAUCAGAGGUUUGUUCUUUUUAUUCCACAUUCAAACAAUAUCCACAGCUUAUACAUUAUUUAUGCUCAUGGUUCUUUAAUAUUUACUAAAUAUGUAGUUUUACAGUUAACAAAAUAAAAUUAACAAGACAACUGA